UAUAUAUUGUGACAUUUCUGAGAUGUACUACCCCGGUAGAUUUUGUCGUCAAUUCGGUGCAAUGCAACAUAUUCCUCCCGCAGCGGAAUCACAAGCUAGCCACCAUGCAAGUGGUGCAAAAAAUUCUGGAUGGCCAUUGACACUAUGGGCGGUGAGGCACAAUCGUCGUAUCGCAUUUGAGUUCGUUGAUCAUCCCACCUACACUCCUGCGUACCGUGAAUGGUACACAAAUGUCGGGAAACGACGGAUUUGCAAUCCGUUACAUGGUCGACCUACAACGGGUUAUGUAACUACUAACAGGGAGACAAGUACACUAAUGCAAUGUAUGAGCGAUAUCUAUCGGCGCAUGGCAGCUCCAUUUGACGUCGAAGACAUUCGCGAGCAAAUUGCACGAUGCCUUACAGGAUUAGGUGCCGAGAAUGUGCUUCAUCAAGACAUCAUUUUCUAUGGGGAUGCCCAUGAUGAUGCAGUGGAUGAUCAUCCUCCACUUCGGCAAGACCGUAGAAGAGUCGCAGCCACUAGAGGUCGGCGUUACGG